AGACUCAUGGAUAAUUCGACGCGAAGAAAGUUGACGCCCUACUUCGUCAUUGGCGUCUGCUCGAAGCUCCACCUGAUUCAGAAUAUCGGUGGUGGUGGCGCUUUGGGCUGCUCCAUCGCCGCUUUUCCGCAAGUAUAUGCCUCCAACGAGUUCGUCUUUUGUUGCCCUACGCGGCGUUGAAAUCAUGCUGCGCGACAUACCGGUCCUCGUACCGUUUCUACUCAGGUCUACUAUAUAUGAUCUAUGAUAAUGCUGGCUGCUUCGACUACAAGUUCUUGACCAAUCUGAGGCGCCCCACCGGGGCGCGAGGGCGGUUUGGCUGGGCGGUCAAGAGCAUCUUAGCUUUCUUCUGCCCGCGCGACAAGAAGCCCAUCGAAGCCGACGAGGAAGAAUUGGGCGACUUCAGCGACGGGGAUGAGGACGAUGAGGGGAUGGUUUUAGAUGAUAUCAAGCCGAAGGAUGACGACGACAUCAAGCCCGACCCCGACCCCGACGACGACGAUGAUGAUGAUGAUGAUGAUGAGAAGCCGCCGCCGUGGUGGCUGUCGCUGGCGAUGGGCCUGGCCGCGUGCGGCGCAGAAGUCACGAGAGAAUUCAUUGUGAGACAUCGCGCUUCACGAUUAUUACACAGGCGGCGCUCGCGAUCUGGCGCCUGAUGCCCCUGGUGGACGACGGCCUGCUCGACGCCAUCGGCGACGUCCCGGGCCUCGAGGUCUACAAGGAGUACUACGGCGGCCAGUGGUACCAGAUCGUCGUCGCGCGGCCCUACAGGGGCGUCCAGCAUCUCGUGGACGCCUGGGGUGCGCGGCCGACCAUGGCCGACCUCCUGGGGCGCAAGGCCGUCAAGAUGUCGGACCUGCGGCGGCAGCUGCCGCGCCUGGAGACGCCGGGCGCUUACCAGGAGUUCGCCGCGCGCGUCCGCGCGGAGGGCAACGUCAACUCGCCCGCGUGCGCGGAGGACUGGCAGGUUUAG